AUGGCAGCGCAGGGGGCAGAUCUUUACGAGAGCCUGAAGAUUAAAUAUCCUCGCAGCUUCUCUCAAGACGCGCGGGCCGAGCGGGAGCUGCGGGCGGAGCGAGCCGCGGCCGCCAACGCCUCGCACGAGCCGCCGAGGGGCUGCGCGGCGCCGGGCGGAGCGGCGAGCUGCCGGGAGCGGCUGGGGCGGUGGCUGCAGCGGCUUUCCAUCGGCUGGCGGUACCACGACGGGAACAUCUACUAUUUUUCCGAUGAGCGCAAGCCCUGGCAGGACGCGGAGGAUUUCUGCGUGUCGAAGCAAUCCCACCUGACCUCCAUCACCAGUGCGGAAGAGCAGGACUACCUCGCCAGGGAGGCGGGGAAAAGAUUUUACUGGAUCGGCCUCACCGACAGGGUGAAAGAAGGCACCUGGCGCUGGGUGGACGGCACCGAGUACAAGCCAGGCGUCAGUUUCUGGGCGCCGGGGCAGCCGGACAACCGGGACUACGGGCAAAACGGCAGAGAAGAGUGCGCCCAAAUACACCCGGUGGGAAACAGCCUCUGGAACGACCAUAACUGCAACGUCUCCUUCCUGUGGAUCUGCAAGAGGCACUUUGACGCGGCCGGGCUGUGACGGGGCGGGCUGCGGCGGGGGCGAGUGCUGCA